AUGGUCAUCAAUGAGGAGCUAUAUAACUUCCUUAAAAUAGAUGGAGUGGUUACCCCCAUUUUUAAAGGGUUACCAAAGAUCCAUAAAUCUUUGAAUGACCCGCCUCUGCGACCUAUAGUGUCAGGGAGGAAAUGGGUGACUGAGAACGCUUCCAUAUGGUUGGAAACAACACUUAGGCCAUUUGUUGAUAGCAUGGAUAAUAUUUUGACAGAUACUGGGAGUUUUUUGAAAGCAUUAGGUGAGGUGGAAAGGGCACCUCCUGAGGAUCUUUAUCUCAUGGUAACUCUUGAUGUGCAGAGUUUAUUUACGGUUAUUAAUAAUGAAUAUGGCGUUACAGCCAUCAGUCAACUUUUGAAGGCGAAUGAUGUUAAUGAUCAUAAAAUUGGUCUGUUUAAAACUAUGUUGAGCUUGGUUUUGGAAAAUAAUGCUUUUUUGGGUCCACAACAAUUGUAUAGACAAGCACAGGGUGUAGCCAAGUGCACACCCUGUGCUAACACAGCCUCAGAUUCUAAAGAUGAGCCACUAGCAAACCUGAGGCCAAGACAUCACGAGCUCAUUCGUACACCCUGUGGUCCAGUAAAGUCAUGGUCUGAAUUAACAACUCCUUUGAAAGUUUACUACAGCUUAGCAAUUCUUUCUUUGUUGGUGCUUUUGUCAGUGACCAUUUGGAUACUUUCAAAGCAGAAUGAGAAUGAUAAAAACAGCGAAGAGGAUUUUGCCUUCUCAUUGAUUCAGCUAAUAGGAAUUGUGUUCUGCAUUUACUAUGUGACACGUGGGAUUCUACAGGAGAGCCAACAGGAGCUGGUGGUCUUUGGUCUCUCAGUCCUUUUACUUAUGAUCCGCUCUGUUGUCAAUUUUGCAGUAGUGCCCAGUAAAGAUCGAACAGUCAUCAUGGUGGUGCGGUUCACUUGUGUUAUGGUUUUUGGGUGUUUCCAUUUAAUAUGUGCCUCAGUAAUUCUCUUCAAAAGACAGAACAUGAUGGCAUUCAGAGUUGGUGGGGCCUUGGAAAGUCUUCAGAGGCAGUAUUACAUGUUGAAUCUUUGUUUCUCUAUGCUGACCUUUGACCUUCAAGCACAGCUUUGCCUUUGUGUACUUAUGCUGGUAGAAAGUGGAACUUCACAUGUUCACAGCAUCAUUCUAGGAGUUGGGAUUCUCUGGUCCUGCCUGACAGCUGCUGUUGGCAUAAUAUCAGUAAUAAAAGAAGUCAAAGCCCUCGUAUGGCUUUUUGUGUUACAAAAUUUACCUGAGCUGGCAUAUCUCGUUUAUCUGCUGUACUAUACUGCCAAAUCUUGGGCAGAGAAUGGAUAUCAUGUCAUGGAAGCUGCUGCUAUAACAGGCUCCAUCAUCUCCUUGGUAAUCAAAUCUGUUCUCUUCUGGUCGAUUGUGCAGGUUUACCGCAGUUUUGGGCAAGGCCUACGGGAAAGAAUGUUUUCAUCAUAUGGAACAAUUGCUACCUAAGUACAGACUGUUACACUUUGAACCUGAACAGGAUAGUGGCCUUGUUUUUUGCCCCUUGAGGUGAAGUAAUGAAACUGCAAGAUACCAAGCUUUCAUUUUCAAUGUGAGAGAUGCCAGAAAGCCGAAUAAAGCUUACAGCCACUGUGGUUUACAUUCAAAAACAUGGAUGUAUCUUUACCAAAACAAAACUAAACACCAUCUGGAACAAUGAACAAGAUCCAAAUGUGUAACUUUACAAUUUUAAUCUGCCUUAUGUUAAAAAUAAGCUGCUGUUCAGAUCAUGCUCCAUUCUGACAGACCUGUACUGUUUGUUUUGUCAGAUUUUUCCUCACUGCAUGGCUGUGACCAUAUUCCGUACACAGCGCAAGAUUUAACUGAAAUUAAAUGUACUCAUCAAAGGAGAAGCUUGAGUCACCUUUGGAACUCCUUUUAGGCCAUAGUUUCUGCAUCAUAUUGGAUAUCAAUGAUAGAGUUUUAAAAUGCAUUAUAGUUUUGCGUUACAGUGGACACUAUUACAAAGUAAUAAUGACUUGGUUUACAGUAUCUUUCUUUGCCACUUUUGCCACAAGUAUUGGUGGAAUUGUAAUACCUUUUGUAGACUGCCAAAUUGCACAAGCAUUUCAACUGCCUUGAUUAUAGGAGUGUGUGAAGUCGAACCAUGCUGUACCCCAUAUAUUUUCCUAGGUAGAAAAAACGUGUUUUAGAUUUCCUAUGAAGUAAACUUCUGUUUUGCCUACAUCUUUGUUUCGAAUGUAAGAAGAGAAAAAAGGAAUGUAUAUAUUUUGUAAGCUUUACUGUUUUGUACCAGGACUUGCUGGCUGGUCCUGCUAGUCACCAGGGUUUAUAUUAGUGAGCAUGUGACAAAAGAUUACAGGAAGGGAUCAAGUGGUAGGUAUUCAUAGCAUGCACACAAAAGGGGCAAAGCUUCUUCCCACCAAUGUGAGUUUGUAAAGGUAAUAAACUGUUCUUCAAUG